AUGGACGUGGAAAUGGGAGCGGAAAAGCCAAGUGCAAUGGACCUACGCCCCCGGAGCGGGCGAGAGAGCGGGGGCGGGAACGGAAGCAGCAGCGGCAACAACGGCGAAAUCCCAAUUCCAAGCGGAGUCCCAAGAACCCAGAUAGCCCCUGUUGUCCCGGCUAGAAAACCCACGGCUCGGACCAGUCAAGCCCAAGCCCAAGCCCAAGCCCAAGGUCUAGCUGAAGCUCAAUUGCCCACUAUCACUGCCAUUACCACUCUCCCUCCACCAACUGCGACUAUAGCAGGAACGAGACCGACUUCGUUCUCAACCUCGCGCUUGACCUCGGCUCCGGCUCCGGCUCCGGCUCCGGAUCCAACCUCAAGGUCGACGAUACCAUCCUUGAGCAUCACGAGACCUCUAGGCCGGACCCCCUCCACCACGCCGGGCAAGAGACCCCUCCCGGCGGUCGUGCAGGUCGACACUAACGCUACGCAUCGCAGAAACGGCAAAGACAGAGAUGCCGCAGGGCAGCAGGCUUGGAGUUUUGCGAGGUUGAGGUCGUGA